AUGUCGUUGACCAGCCGCUUCUUUCGUCCCCUCAAGCCAGAGACCAGACUGGCUCAAGCGGUCUGCGAGUAUGAAGCUAUUCUGCAGGCCAGCGAAAAGGCAGUCUUCUACUCACUGCGUUCAGACAGGCCGCCCGGUCUAUCUGAUGUGAUGGAAACCACUGCUGCUGUUGACCGCAAUAUACAAAGUCGCCGUUGCUUCGGUCCCCGCCUCAUUAGCAUUCUAGAGUCGGUCCAACAGGUCUCGACGAUAGACGACGCUGUUGUUCGCAGCUCCCGGUAUACACUUGCAAGCGCUGUCUGGAGCGUCUUAAGGACGACUUUGCUAAUCACGUCAACAUUUGGAGCGUAUUUCGAUAGAUUAUCUGCCCUGUUCAUGAGGAUUGGAAUACACUGCCCCCGAUACCAGGAAUACGGUCUGCUAGAUUCAAGGUCCCCCCCAAUACAAGAUGCACUUUCUGAGUACUUCUGCGCAAUCGUUAAUUUGUGCACAAAGGCCGUUCUCUUCCUCCGAAAACCUCCCAUUGCUCAAUUGACAUCAACCAUUCUCAACAGUUUUCAAGCCCAGUUUGGCCCUCUGGAAGCCCAAAUCGCAAAUUUGGCGGGUUCGUAUGGGGAGGCAGCCUCCCUGGAAACUCAGAAAGAGCUACGGGAUGAAAGCAAGACGGCCUGGGGUUUUCGAAAUCCUUUUUCAGACCUGCAGGUUUUGCGCCAGAAAAAGCUGCGAUUUCUUGAUGCUUGUUCAACCUUCGACCAAUAUAAGUCAUGGAAGCGAGCACAAAAAUUGGGGAAAUGCUCUUGGAUCUUCGACGAACCUGCUUAUGAGCAGUGGACUCAAGAAUCGUCGUCGACCGUGCUGUGGUGCACUGGCGGGCUCGGAUCAGGCAAAACGGUAUCCACUGCAAAUAUAGUGCGACAAUUGCAUAUCGACAAUCCUGAAGCUAUUAUUAUUGGCUUCUUCUUCUGCAGCUACGACGACGCAAAUUCGCUGAAGGCUAGGACCAUACUUGGUAGCCUCGCAAGGCAGCUUCUGAGAGAGACACGCCUAAAGGCCUUUGAUUCGAUUGAGAUUGAUGGUUCGAAGACAUUGGAUGAGGACGAGAUUAUUUCGAACCUGGUCCUCCUGCUCGCAUCCACGAGUUGCACAUAUUUUGCUGUCGUCGAUGGAAUAGACGACUGUGCCGAAAGGGAAUUAUGUAGGCUUUUACGAAGCCUCCACACAUUGCUCCACUCAAUACAUCCCUUCCGCAUAUUCUGCUCAAGUCGGCCCGAUACGAAAUGCAGAUAUCGGGCUAUACUUCAACCGCAACACGAGCUUUCGCUAUUUUAUCCAAAGCACGAAAUCGACAGCUAUAUUGACAACGCGUUGGAAGAACGUCUUGAAUUAGGUAACCUCGCUUUGGAUGACCCGAGCAUUAUCCUAAAGAUUAGGAAGGCUCUACUCGAAGGAAGCAAGGGAAUGUUUCUUUGGACUGCCCUACAGCUCGACUCUAUAUGCGCCGAGGCGUCGGAUCAGGGAAUUCUGACUGCUCUUCAGUCGCUACCGAAAGAUUUACCAUGUACCUUUGAACGCAUUUUGCAAAAGCUAUCUGAAAAGGGUAGCGAAUUCGUCCAGAUUGCACGGAAAACCUUCACCCUUGUUGCAGCAGCUCAGCGGCCUCUGACAGUCCAGGAACUCCGCGAGGCUGUGAGCAUCUUGCCGGGAGACACGCGGGGUCCGGGAUUGCCGAGCGACAUGAGAAGUGUCUUGGAUAAAUGCGGAGGACUGCUCGUUGUUGACGAGGAAGAUGACACUGUUCGAUUUGCUCAUCCUAGUGUUCGACAGUAUCUUACCUCCACUUCCGAAGACGCAAUGACGAACUAUUUCCAUGUAGAUUUGCAUGAAGCGGAUGUCACCAUGGGUGAGAUCUGCGUCACCUAUCUCAACUCAUCUUUCUUUCAGACUGGGGAAGCCACGAGCGAUAGUCGUGGGUGGAUAAAGCCAUCUGCAACGGCUUCUACUAUUGUCCACCGUGCCCUACCCUCUACAACAGCCGCCAAACAUUCGCAGACACUUUUGAAACCUAACAGGAAGCCAGACUUCGAUGCGGAGCCUUACCUUGAAAGAGCAUAUGGGUAUGCAAUUCCUGAGCGAGAACUGUGGACGCAUGCGUUUUUUCCUUAUGCAAGGGAAUUCUGGUUGUUUCACACAAAAAGCUUCGAAGAAAAGCAAGUCUCGUACCCCUUGUGGUUACAACUAAUAUAUGACCACACCCAGGGAGUCACACUACCUUUCGCACCAGAAGUGUGGUCUCGUCUAGGUCUAGACGAAAGCCUUCUUGAAUGGACGGUCGAAAACGGACACGGCGCCCUCCUCUAUCUCAUCAUCGAAAGACUCAAAAAAUAUUCAGAGGUUGAGCGUGUGUGGCAGGUGCUACUUGCGAAAGGGGUGUACCUCGCAUUAGACGGCCUACAUGGUAGCGCCACGUUGCAGCGAGCUGUAAGUUCUAUCACUGCCGAAAUGGUACCAGAAUUGCUCGAACGUAGCACGAACCUGGACCCUCGAAGUGCUCCCUUGUGGUGGGCAGCUCAGCAGAGUGACGAGCUUUUCAGAGUGGUGCUCCGUCAGGAAAACCGCCGAGUCAACUCUACGGACCCAGGAGGGCGGUCGGCUCUAUCAUGGGCGGCUCAGACGGGACGGCGUGAUAUUGUGGUGCAGUUACUGGAACAGGACGAUAUCAAUGCAAAUUUGAGUGAUGAAAACGGCCGCACUCCCCUGUCGUUUGCGGUUGAGAACUUCGAUUCUCAGGUAGCCACGCUCCUGCUAAUGCGACCUGAUAUUGAUUUCAAUGCACAAGAUCGCUAUGGGCGGACUGCACUGUCGAGGGCUGCCGACUGUGGCAAUCAGAAUGUGGUCAAGUUACUUCUCGACCACGACAGUACUGUUGCCGAGUCUCGGGAUCUGGACGGGAGAACACCUUUGUCGUGGGCAGCCAGUAAGGGACACGAAGCAACAGCUCGAUUGCUCAUCUUUAAUGGAGCCAAAGUGGACUCGGUUGACAGACUGGGACAGUCACCGCUCUCGUGGGCAGUGGAAUAUGGCCACUACAACAUAGCGAAACUUCUUGUGUUGGAAGGGAAGGCCAACCCGCACCUUGAAGACUAUCGUGGUCGCACACCGCUAUUGCUGGCUGUUGAGAACGGACACGCAGAGAUUGUCGAGGUUUUCCUUGAAGCCCACAAAGCUAACACGACAUCCCUCAGCGAUCACGACAAAGAGCUACUCAUGCUGACCGCGAUCCGAGCUGGACAUCAGGCGAUUAUCCAAUUACUGCUGCAUGAAUGGGGAACUCCCGAUUCCUCUGGGGCGACUGCUCUGCAGACAGCAUUAUCUUAUGGACAUACUGACAUUUCUAAAUUCCUGCUAGCUCAGUACUCGGAUUGGGUCGCGGAAGAGAAGUUUGAAUGGAUCGGAGCACUUAUAGACGCCAGAUUUGAGCCCGACGAUAGCCUGGCGCUGCUUCUUGAAACUGAAUCACCCGAGCCGUGGAUCAAAUAUGGGUUGCCCGACACCGAGACGAUGGAACUCGUUUCCAUUGAUGCGAAGGAAAGGGUCGACUUCCACCAUGUGUCUUGCGCUCACAAGGAGAGUUCCGGUGGUGGAUUUGCCUAUGACCAAUUGGCUAAUCCGGCUACUUUCCACAUGAGACGGGAACUGGUGCAAAGGGUCAUUGCCGCGUGUUGUGGGCUUGCAGGAGUGCUGCCUCCCUCGAGGUAUUUGGAUUGUCCGCCCAACCACAUCGUCCGCAAUUUGCAGGCGCCGCCAAAGCACCCGGGUCGCCCACUCGAGGACGCCAAUGAGGCUUUUGGCCAAGUCGAGUUCGAGGGAAACGAGGCCACGAUUGUCUACGCCCGCAGCUACGAAUGGGCUGAGACGAGUCGCAAGCAUUCGAACGCAGACUCGAUGGAUUACACCCACUGGUUCAGGAAACAAGUAGGGCUUCUGGAUUAUCGUUUAAGACGUAACAUCAUACGUCUAAAAGGGCAAACAGAUCAUCCGUGGUCGUAUCCACAACUCACAGCCCACCUAUCCAGGGCUGUCGAAAGAUUGCGCACAGCGGCAAACCUCCUGCAAAGUGCUGGGUUCUGCUGCAAUUCAUUCACAAUCCUUUGCGAGAGCGACUUCUCUGUCGAAGAUACGCUUGGGAACUCUGUGAUUAGAAUGGCCACAGUCUCAUUUGAGACCUUGAAAAGCCUGAUGACCUCUAUGGCAGACAUGAAUGAUUCGGAGCUUGAGAAGGCUAGUAUUGGCCUAGGCAAUGCUACUUCCACAUGUGUCGAUGUGUUGAGAGGCUGUCUAGGUGGACAAUAUCCCAACAUCAGAACAGCCGGUCAGAAACUCCACACUUGCUCCCUGGUCGUGCAGAUGCUCAGUUUGGCGCUUCUGUCCUACGCUCAAGGUCAUACCGGAGAGCUCCACCCGAUGUUCCUCAAGCAGCCAUUGACGAAGAUCAGGCUCCAAGGAAGCUUGGUGGGUGGUAUAUCCAUUUUUGCCGAGCUGCGGCCCUUGGCUUGCAUGCGUCCGAUGAUAGGCGGAGAUGUUCUUGUCUUUAAGAUUGCGUCAAGGUUGCAGGCCACUCCGUCGGCCUCGACAUCGCCGGCAUAUUUAUACGCAACAUGUGCCGAGAUCGUGGAUACUUGGGGGCCAGCUCAUGUCAUCAGAUCCCCUGAGUCGUCAGACUCGAUGGAAAUCUAUGGCCUCAUGAUCGGAGGAGGUCUCAUCAAAUCCAGCCAUUCUCUACCCACAGGACUUGACCUCUUUCACUGGUAUCAUGAUGACGAAGGUCUAGGAGCAGAGCCUGAACCAUUUAGUUACCAGGAGACUAUCCUUGUUGGGGCCGUCACUGUCAACCCAGCUUGUCCUCUUGAUGCGCAAAGGAGCCGCAGGCGCUCUGAAAAAUUCCUGCAAGAUCUAGGAACGGCUCGAGACACUUGGAUUCCGCAUGAGAUUCCUCUGAUCUUGCAAGGAGGGAACUUUGCGGUCGCUCAGGUGGGUCUUACGUACCAGAAACUUGCCGGAAGAACUCUGAAAAAGGAGCUCCUCGAUCGCUGGAACGCUUUCGAGGACAUUCGGCUUUUCGACUUGCCAUGGGGCCUCCAGCUCAGCCUCUGUACAGGAGUCGCUCGCAGGGUGCGCCUACGAGACUUGAUCGAGGAACCGGUCAUCCGAUUCAUCGACAGUCUCCAUGUGGAUGGGUGGACAGCAUUGAAGCCCACGGCAUUAACAGGUCUAAGAUCCAACGAUUUUCUUCAGUGGUGCGACGGACUCAAGGACGAUGAGAGGGUUUGCCUGAGGUCAGUGUUUAGCAAGUUGCUCAAGCUAUUCGAGCAUACCGGGUUCGACACGAGUGGCAACAACUUUGGAGUCCUAUGGCCCGAAGAGUCAAACCCAUAUCUAGGGAUCAAAAUCUCUCCUGUCAACUCGCAGCUGUGGUACCGUAUGUUGAAGGAUUCGGAAUGCUGCGCGACUUUUGCAAUUGUAACUUCUCUGUGUCUGGAGACUUCGGAACACAAAUGUCAGAAGAAGCGGGAGCUGCUCUGGCAUCAGGGAGGGACGGUCCUGUCGACGUCAGUAUGUCCAGCGCUUCCAAGCCUCUUGCCAGCCAUUCAGACUCCGGCCAAUCUAUCCGGGUGGCAGUUGGAGCACAAGGAGCAAUAUUGGAUUGGAAGAUGCGGAGGUGAGGUGUGGGUGCGUGUUCGCAAGGAGCCAAACCGUGCCACGGAACUGCAACUCAUGCGCAGGUUUCGCAACUUUCCUUUCUACCUGUUUCGGAACCAGGUGUUGAGAGAGAAGCCUGAUGUCAACUUCCACACCGAGGAAGUCUUUGUCCUCACGGGCAGCUGA